UUGGCACAGCAAGUCCUGGGCACUCCCUCCUUUCUGAAGCUUCUGUCUGGGACUGAGGACAAGCUGCCAGGAUGCUGAGCGCCAUCCUGCUUGCCUUGGUGCUUUCCAGGGCCGGGCUGGGCCUGGCGGCUGCCCUCACACCAAUCCAUCAGGCAAAAUACUGUUCCUUCUACGGAGUGUGUGGCAAGAACCCUGAAAUCAGUUCCAGUCUUCUCCCAGCAGUUGUCCCUUGCAUCUCCAACACGCCGGCCCGGAAACUCAAUGGCUCCCACCUCAACCUCCUCCAGACCAUCUGCCCGAUGCUGUUCACGGGGGCCAAUGACACCUUCGCCUGCUGCUCCGAGGCCCAGCUGCGAGACCUGCAGACCAGCCUGUCCAUGUCCCAGGCGAUUCUGUCUCGCUGCCCGUCCUGCUCGGAGAACUUUGCCAGCAUCUACUGCCAGAGCACUUGCAGCCCAGACCAGAGCCUCUUCACCAACAUCACCCGCUAUUUCAACCGCACCAUCCAGGGGGAGGAGAAGCAAGGGGUCUUGGAGUACCAGUGCUACUACAGCCAGCGCUUUGCUCAGGAGUCCUUCGACUCUUGCAAAGGGGUGAGGAUGCCAGCCACGGGCGGCUACGCCAUCAGCGCCAUGUGUGGCAAAUAUGGGGCCACCUUGUGCAACAGCCAGAGGUGGCUGGAUUUCCAGGGGGACACAAGCAAUGGGGUGGCCCCUUUGGCCAUCUCCUUCCAGCUGGUGCCCGAAGGCUCUGCCCCAAUUCCGGGUGGCAUCGUGCCCUUCAACGGAACAGCCUGGAAGUGCAGCGAGGCAGUGGGCAAUGGGACCAAGGAGAGGUGUUCCUGCCAGGACUGUUCCCAGGCAUGCCCUGCAGCCCUGGACCCUCACCCUGCCCAGAAGCCCUUCCAAGUGGGGGAAUGGGUGGGGUCCUUCCUGUGCAUCUUCCUCUUCUGCCUCCUCAUGGUGCUGUUUGUGGCCUUCCUGAUCCAGCGAGGGUGCUCCUGCUCGUGUCGGAAACAGAAGGACAAAGGCCCCAAGAAAGCCAUGCCCAAGCCAACCUGUUCUCAGAAAGUGAGCCAGGCCACCCACGACUUCCUGGCCAGCAUAUUCAGCUGCUGGGGCACACUGGUGGCCUCCUACCCCAUCCAGGUGAUCGCCAUCUCGGUGGUGGUGGUGAUAGGGCUCUCCAGUGGGCUGGUCUUUAUCCAGCUGACCACAGACCCUGUGGAGCUGUGGUCCAAACCCGACAGCCAGGCCCGGAAGGAGAAGACCUUCUAUGACGAGAACUUUGGGCCCUUCUUCAGGACUAACCAGAUCAUCAUGACCGCCAAGGACCGUCCCAGCUACACCUACGAUUCCCUCAUCCUUGGCAAUAAGAAUUUCAGUGGCAUCCUCUCCAUGGAGGUUCUACUGGACCUGCUGGACCUGCAGCAGAGGCUGCAAGCCAUUGAGGUCUGGUCUGCGGAGUAUGGCAGGAACAUCUCUCUGAAGGACAUCUGCUAUGCCCCCCUGAACCCUGAGAAUUCUACCCUCUCUGACUGCUGCGUCAACAGCCUGUUGCAGUAUUUUCAGAACAACGUGACCCGCCUAAAUAUGACGGCCAACCAGACGAUGAGGGGCAAGAAUGGCACCGUGGACUGGCGGGACCACUUCCUCUAUUGCGUCAACUCACCUCUCUCUUUCCAAGACAUCACCUCGCUGGAGCUGAGCUGCAUGGCAGAGUAUGGAGGGCCUGUCUUCCCUUUCCUGGCCGUGGGGGGGUAUCCAGAGGAGGAGUACUCGGAAGGCCAGGCCCUCAUCCUGACCUUCUCCUUGAACAACUUCCCUCCCAGUGACCCUCGAUUCGACUUCGCCAUGUUGUGGGAGAAGCAGUUCCUGGAGAUCGUGCAGGAAUUCCAGCAGGAACAUGAAGACAGCUACACGGUCGCCUACAUGGCAGAGCGUUCAGUGGAGGACGAGAUCAACCGCACCACCUGGGAGGACCUCCCCGUCUUUGCUGUCAGCUACCUGGUGAUCUUUGUGUACAUUGCACUGGCCUUGGGCGAGUACUCCAGCUGGAAGCGCAUUCUGGUGGACUCUAAGGUGACGCUGGGCUUCGGAGGAAUCCUGGUGGUUCUGGGGGCUGUGCUGUCGUCCCUGGGCUUCUACUCCUACAUAGGGCUGCCCUCCUCCCUCAUCAUCAUUGAGGUCGUCCCCUUCCUGGUGCUGGCGGUCGGUGCGGACAACAUCUUCAUCUUCGUGCUGGAGUACCAGCGGUGUGAGCCACGGCCUGGGGAGACGACGGAGCAACACAUCGGGCGGGUUUUGGGCGACGUGGCGCCCAGCAUGCUCCUUUGCAGCCUCUCUGAAGUCAUCUGCUUCUUCCUGGGUGGCUUGUCGGAGAUGCCGGCUGUCCGGACCUUUGCCUUGAACGCUGCCCUGGCCGUCCUCUUUGACUUCUUGCUCCAGGUGUCCAUGUUUGUGGCCUUGCUGUCUCUGGAUGCCCGCAGGCAGAAGGCCUCUCGCUUUGACCUGUGUUGCUGCGUCCAACUGGAGGAGAAGAGCCCAGAGGAGAAGAGCCCAGAGAAGAAGCAAAGAAGCCUCCUUCGCACCUUCAUAGAACGCUUCUACGCUCCCUUCUUGCUCAACAGCUUCGUCCGGUUCAUGGUGAUGCUGAUCUUCAUUUUCAUGUUCUGCGCUGGGAUCUUCCUGAUGUUGCAUGUCGAAGUGGGGCUGAAUCAGGAGCUGGCCAUGCCCACGGACUCCUACAUGCUGCAGUACUUCCAGUACCUGAACACGUACUUCAUGGUGGGGGCCCCAACUUACUUCGUCACCACGCCGGGCUACAACUUCUCCACGGUGGAAGGGAUGAACGGUGUCUGCUCCAGCUCAGGCUGCGAUGACAACUCCUUGACGCAGAAGAUCCAGUCCGCUGUGCAGUUCCCGAACGUGUCCUUCCUGGCCAUCCCUGCCUCUUCCUGGGUGGACGACUUCAUCGACUGGCUGAGCCCCUUUUCCAGCUGCUGCCGCAUCCACAGCUUCGGCCCAGACAGGGACCAGUUCUGCCCCUCCACUGACACUUCCCUGUCCUGCCUGUUCAACAAGUGCAUGGCUCCGACGAGCGGGACCCUCCGGCCAAGUGUCGAGGAGUUCCACCGGUUCCUGCCCUGGUUCCUCCACGACAUGCCUAACCUGAAAUGCCCCAAGGCGGGUCGUGGUGCCUAUGACACGUCUGUGAGGCUGGGGCCAGAUGGGGAAGUCAUAGCAUCCCGCUUCAUGGCAUACCACACGCCCCUCAAAAACUCCCAGGAGUACACAGCAGCCCUGAAGGUGGCCCGGGAACUGGCGGCCAACAUCACCGCUGCCAUGCGGCAGGUGCCUGGCACGGACCCAGACUUCACGGUCUUCCCCUACACGAUCACCUACGUGUUUUACGAGCAGUUCCUGAGCAUCGCCCUUGCGGGAGUCGUCAACCUGGCCGUCUGCUUGCUCCCCACCUUCCUGGUCUGUUGUGUCCUGCUGGGCAUGGACCUGCGCUCAGGACUCAUCAACCUGUUCACCAUCAUCAUGAUAUUGGUGGACACCCAGGGAGCCAUGACCCUGUGGGGCAUUUCCUUCAACGCCAUCUCCCUCAUCAACCUGGUGACGGCUGUGGGCAUUUCGGUGGAGUUUGUCUCCCACAUCACCCGCUCCUUCGCUAUCAGCACGGAGCCCACCAAAGUGGAGAGAGCCAGGGAGGCCACAGUCAACAUGGGGAGUGCGGUGUUUGCUGGCGUGGCCAUGACCAACCUCCCAGGCAUCGUGGUCCUGGCCUUUGCCAAAGCCCAGCUGAUCCAGAUCUUCUUCUUCCGCCUCAACCUCAUCAUCACGCUGCUGGGGAUGCUCCACGGACUCGUCUUCCUGCCUGUGGCCCUCAGUUAUUUCGGGCCUGAUAGCAUCCACUUGAGUGUGCAGCAGAAGACAAAAAGCAGCCUGGUCAUCGCCAACAGCCUUGCUCUUGAAAGCAGCAACGGGAUCCAAAACCAAGCCUUUAGUGGCUGCAACGAGGCUCCACAGGACAGACCCAAGCAGGAGGGAUCUGAAGGAGUGGGUGGCAGCUGCCCAGAAGGAGCGGGCAUCUAGGCAGACACGGGACAGAGGCUCUGGGCAAGCAAGGAUGCUGGCCAGUCCGGGGAGCAACCACAGCAGCCCCCGCAAGCGAGUGCCGUGUGUGUGCGUGAUUGUGCGCACACCCCAAAUAAUAAUUAUUCUCCAGCCCGCAUCCCUGUGAGCAAGAGGGCAACAGUACAGUGUUAUCUGUAAGAACCUGGUUCCUAACUGCAAGAAUCUGCCGAAUGUCGGUAGAUUUGUAAACCAGAGUUCUGGCCUUGUCCCAGCCAACCAAGGAGAGCUGGAGAACCCCACGAACUGGUCGCCUGUGGCCCCCCACUUUCUGCAGCCACCAGCCUGGUGGAGGAUGUGACUCCAGGCGUUUCUUUCUCCACAAGAUGCUCCUCUAAAGAGAAAGGAGAACCAGGACAUAAGACUGGGACAGAUGUGCGAUGGGACCGCCUUGCCAAUGCUUCCGUGCUUCUGGUGGUUGGGGCCUGUCUGAGAACCCCAUGGACGUUCCCUUGAGUUCCGUGUGCGAAAGAUGGGGUGGAAAUAGAAUAAAGAUCGAAAGCAGCACAAACACGU